GGGCGGGCCUGUGGUGGCGGCUCUGGAGGCACCAGGCCUGCAGCCCGGCGGGAGGAAGCGGCUGCAGCCGGCCCAGGGGCCCUGCAGAAGCCUCGGCCCAGCCUGGAGGAAGUGAGCGCCCGGCCCCUGCCUCCUGGGGCCCUGCAGCCCCCUGCUGACCGAGGGAACCCGGAACCUGCUUCUGCGUGGAGCCCGGCCCGCUCUUUCAGCUCCGUGGCCCUGGUUUCCUCGCGCGGAGGAGGCAGCCAGGACUGCAAGGAGAAUGGAUAACGACCCCCUCUACCUCAUGCUGCAGUUCCCUAAGGGGGAGGGCCUGCAGGCGGAGCAGGAAGAGCUCCUGCAAGGGGAAAAGAAGAAAUUCCUGCCCCCCACUUCCCGGCAGGACCCCAAAUUUGAAGAAUUGCAAAAGGUGCUGAUGGAGUGGAUCAACGCCGAGCUCCUGCCGGAGCACAUUGUGGUCCGGAGCCUGGAGGAGGACCUGUUUGACGGGCUCAUCCUGCACCACCUUUUCCAGAAGCUGGCGGGGAUCAAGCUGGAGGUGGAGGAGAUCGCCUUGACCGCCAUGAGCCAGCGGCGCAAGCUGGAGGCCGUGCUGGAGGCCACCAACCGCAGCCUGCAGGGGGACGACAAGCAGCCGCUCAAGUGGAGCGUGGACGCCGUCUUCAACAAGGACCUGCUGGCCACCCUGCACCUCCUCGUGGCUCUGGCCAAGCGCUUCCGGCCCAGCCUGCCCCUCCCCACCGACGUCCAGGUGGAGGUGAUCACCCUGGAGAGCACCAAGAGCGGCCUGAAGUCGGAGAAGUCCGUGGAGCAGCUCACCGAGUGCAGCGCGGACAAGGACCGGCCUUCAAAGGACGUGUUUGAUGAGCUGUUCAAGCUGGCGCCGGAGAAAGUGAAGGCCGUGAAAGAGGCCAUCGUGACCUUCAUCAACCAGAAGAUGGAGGGCCUGGGCCUGUCCGUGCAGGACCUGGACACGCAGUUGGCAGAUGGAGUCAUCUUACUCUUGCUGAUCGGACAGCUGGAAGGCUUCUUCCUGCACCUGAAGGAAUUCUACCUCACGCCCAACUCUCCUGAGGAAAUGGUGCACAACGUCACCCUGGCCCUGGAGCUGCUGAAGACCGAGGGCCUGCUCGACCAGCCCGUCAGCGCCGAAGCCAUCGUGAACAAGGACCCCAAGAGCACGCUGCGGGUCCUCUACAGCCUGUUCCGCAAGCACAAGCUGAAAGAAGGCACGGACAGGAUGCCCCGCGGACCCCCAAGUUAACCAACUGCCCCCCCAAAGCUGCUGCUCUGCUCAGCUGGAGCCCCCCCACCCCCGUGUCCUGUUUCUGUCUGUCUGACUAUGUAAACCCGCCAGGCGCGGGUCCAUUUUGAGCCGACCCCUGGCCUCACUCGGUUUAUUUUAACAGAUGUAUUUCUGGGAGGGACUUGGGCACCUGCUAGGGUCCCGGGAAGGGCUGUCACAUGCGCGUGAACAUUUGCUGACCCAGC